AUGGCUCCCCGCCCAGAAUGGAGUGGAGAACAUCAGGGUGCAAAGGGAGCCGGGUGCUGCUUGCGGUGGGUGGUGCUGCUCCUAGGAAUUGGCGGGACGGCAGAAGGUGUGUCGUGUCCCCAGGGGUGCACUUGCGAGUAUCUGGCCGUGAACUGCACAGGGAAGGGGCUUGCAGAGUUCCCGGCAACCAUCCCUCUGGACACCAGGCAGCUGAUCCUGGCUCAAAACCAGCUCAGCUACUUGCCAUCCGUGGAGCUGAACUUCCUCAGCGACUUGAUCUAUCUAGACUGCAGUGGCAAUGCUUUGGGCCAGGACCUGGACUUCACCUUCGUGAGCAUCAUCAAGCUUGUCUACUUGGACCUCAGUUUCAACAACCUCACCUUGAUCACGUUUGGGACCUUUUCCCAGCUCGGCAGCCUGGUUGUGCUCAAGCUCUCCGACAACCCCGGCCUGGUGGAGAUUGAGAAGGACUCCUUUGCCAACAAUACCUGGCUGAGGCACCUGGAUGUGAGCCGCUGUAGCCUGACGUUCAUUGAUGCAAUUACCCUCAGGGACCUGCCCAACCUGAGAAGCCUGGGCUUAAGCGGGAAUCCCUGGUUCUGCAACUGCUCCUUCAUGGAACUGUGCAGCUUCAUAAAAGAGAGUGGCAUAACUAUCCCAGACUCUGACAACGUCACCUGCUACAGCCCAGCUUUUGUGCAUGACUUGAAGAUGCUGGAAGAGGCACAGGAGCAACUGAAUUAUAAAUGCUUCAUCCAUUUUGAUGACCAAGACUAUCUUUUCCUGGGUCUGGUUGGGUUCUGCAUCUUCUCUGCUGGUACAGUGUUUGCCUGGCUCUUGGGAGUUUGCGCGGUUGUAUAUGAAUUCUUAACUGCGACAGGAGACGAUGAAGAUGAAGAGGACUGGGACGAAUGA